AUGUCGCACUGUGUCGAGGCUCCAGAGGACACGUCAUCUGCUUUGCGCGCUGCGGGGCAGGCUGCUGGGUGGUUGGAGAGGGCCGUGGCGGGCGAGACGCUGAGUGGUUGGGCAUCGAUACCCCCCGGCGGGCUGGAGCGCUUCGACGUUCCGAUGCCUCACGGCCAUCAAGGCGGCUUGUCCGGUGCGAAGCUCUCGCACUGCGUCCUCAGCGAGACCUCGAGCAGCUUUCUUGACCGCGGUCACAAGAACGGCAUCAACUUGCUGCAGCCAGAGGUGACUGCAUCUUCCGGUGAGGCCGUGUGGAUGUCUUUGAAGUAUGCUUUCUGGCUAUUCUUCUCAACAUCCCCGGAUGAUCCUGCGCCGUACGUCUUCAUCCGCUUGCAGGACACGGUUCUGCGCGAAACCAAUCUGCGUGACAAGAGCCUGGUCCUGGCUGGCAGGAUGAAGAAGUCUGCUGAUGACGAUGUGGCAGGUCCUUUCGGGGAUUCUGCUCGUGAGCCCUUGCGGCUCUGCUUCCUUUUGGCAGACGGCCGAUUUCAGCUCUUCGAAGCACUGUGGCUGGAACUGCAGCUGACCUCUGAAGAGGAGAUGCAGAUGUGGGCGCGUGCGAUCUCCAAUGCAUGCAUAGCAGAGUGA